GUUGAUUGAUCGAUCCGCCACACGAGGGCGAGAGAGAGCCCCUGGUCUCGUGUUAACUUUAAGGGGAGAUGCAGCGGCACCACCAUGUCAUGUCUCAAUGCUCUCCUCGCCCUGCCAAGCAUUGGUGCCAUUGAUUCAUCGCUUCGCAUAGCCAUCAGUCGCGAGCACGUCUUCUGCGACACGUUGCCUUCACAUCAGUCAGUCAGUCAGUCAGUCACUUGAUCGCUUGAGGAGCGUCCAUCUCUCGCUUCCUCAAGAUCCAACUCAACGAUCGUUCGUCGACCAACGACCGACCCCGCAUUCCCCCCUGACCAGCUCCUGACCGCUUCUGCGGCGGAUUCCCCGCCUGCCUGCGCAUGGCAAAGCGACAAUCCGGAUAACUGCUCUCCCGUGCCGACGGACAUCUGUCGCCGUCACGGAAUCGACCGAGCCGAAACAGGGGCCCGUGCUCCACGACCACGACUACGACUACCAUCACGACCUUGACCUCUCUCGACGGCGUCGGCUCCGCCGCUACUGCUUUACGCUGCUCUGGUCUGCUCUGGUCUGCUUUCGCCUCCUCCUCCUCCAACCCCCGCCCCCCUGUGGCAGCAGCCCAUCAGGUACAUACCCAGGUUACUUCGCGCAUACAACGACCCCCGACCGAACAAAACAAAGCAAAGCAAGCCGGCGGGGCUUGCGGCUGGCCGCCCACGCCGCCUCUGCAUCGGCAUCCUCGUCGGUUCAUAUCCCGCCGCGGUAGGGCGGGCUCCCUCGCAUCCCGACCAUGGCGGCGACGUCCACCGCCCUGCCUUUUAUAUCCCGUUACAACAGCGCCAGCAACACCCGCUCGGAUGCUUCGCUGCCGAAGCGAGCCUCGCUGUUGUCCUUUCCCUCGUCGCGCUCCGCCUCCGACAUGUCUCUGAACUCCCGGCAGGCGAGGUCGCCGCAGCCGCUCGUCGCCGAAACGGACCGCACCUCGGACCCCAGCGCCAAGUCCACCACCCCGUCGCUCGGCCCCUCAUCUCAGCACUCGUCCCUGUCGGCGCCGCGCCGUGUGAAUGCCGACGCCCGCUCCUCGCGGAGGCUCAAGUCCCAGUACCCACGCGGGUCCCCAGACAACCAUGUCGAGUACAUCCUCGUCGCCUCGUUCGACAUUGAUCGCGGUCCCGUCAUGGAGCACCAGUAUCCCGUGGCCAUCACCGGCGACGAAAACAUGCUCGCCGAGCUCAUGCUGCCCGACCAGGCCCACGCUCGCAACCAGGACUGGACCAUCUUCUUUCUGCACAAGGACACGAGUCAGGAGGAGGAGGACGAGGAGCGGCAGAUGAAGGAGCGCAGGCGACGGCGGCGCAGGAGACUGCGGGACCGCGCCGCCGGCAUCAUCACUGAGGAGGACGGCGACGAGCCCCAAGACGACGACGACGACCUGGACGACGACUUGGACGAUGACUCGACGGACAGUGAACCGGAAGGGGGCGAGGGGCCGCCAUUGAUUCACGUCUUGAACCUGGUCAACACAAAGCACGACAAGUCCGUAAAGCGAGGCGCCAUUGUAAAGGCCAUGGCCAUCUGCACGCGGCAUCCAUUCCUCCACAUAUACAAGCCACUUUUGCUGCUCGCGCUGGAAGAGUACUUCAAAUCUCCGGUUCCAGAGACCCUGGCCCUGCUGUAUGAUGCUGUCAACGCCAUGGACCUCUCCCUCAUGCCGAAGCUCAGCAUCUUGGAGAGACAUCUGCUGCUCGCCAGCGAGAACAAGGAUCUCUUCGUGGAGAAAUUCGAGAAGAUGAUCCAGAUGCGCAUGGCCGAGGACAGGGGCGAGGUUCUCGACACGGGCAGCGGCGACGAAAGCAGGAGCCUGACCAAGGUCACGAGCAUCUCCAGAGCCGGCACCAAGGCCCACGUUGAGGGCGGAAGCCAGUCGGUGUACUCGGUGCCAAGAGACACGCACGAGUUCGAGAGCAAGGUCAUGUACAAGGGCAUUCCCAUCCCCAUCAAGGUGCCGACGGCCGUCAUGCCUGAGACGGUGGGAGACUUUUCCCUCAUCAAGCUCAUCCAGAACUUUUCCGACCCGCACGCAAAGUCGCCGCAGCCAUUCGCGCUGCACCCACACUUGACGACCAACGGCACGCACACGCAUCCCAUCAUUGUCUUGGUGAAUGCGCUGCUGACGCAGAAGCGCAUCGUCUUCCUGGGGCACAACAUGCCGUCUGGGGAGGUGGCUGAGGCGGUACUCGCGGCAUGUGCGCUCGCCUCCGGAGGCACCUUGCGGGGUUUUACUCGACACGCUUUCCCUUACACGGACCUGACCAAGAUUGAAGACCUGCUCAACGUUCCUGGCUUCAUCGCCGGCGUCACCAAUCCCACCUUUGAGAACCACCCCGAGUGGUGGGACCUUUUGUGCGAUCUGCCGAGCGGACGCAUCAAGAUCAGCAGCAGGAUCGAGCCUGCAGCGGUGACCGAGGGGCUGAUCUUUUUUCAGCAGCAGAACCCGUCUCUCGCCAACAUCGCCGCCGGCAACACCAACAAUCAUCAAGACUUGACGGGCGAUGCGGCCUUCAUGACGGACAUCCUUAAGAGCAUCGCUGUGAGGCACGGAGAGCGAGUCAUCCGGGCCAAGUGGCGCGGCUGGGUGCUAAAGUUCUGCCGCAUCGCCGCGCAGUUCGAAGAGAGCGUUUACGGUGCGAGCGCCCUCUAUAUUGGGAGCGAAGACAACGAGAUGACGCUCCCCGGCGCCAGCGGUCACGGGUACGUCUGGGCCGACGACGCGGCCAAGAACAAGGAGCUCGCCGGCAACGUGACGAGGAUCGAGGGCUGGCGCAACACCCGCAGCUACUAUAGCUACAUUCAAGACCUCGCCCAGCUCUACACUGUCCGCCCCCUCAAGGGCCUGGACCUCGCUCACAUGCACGACCGGCUGCGCAUGCAGCGCUUGUCGCCGACGCAGAGUCGCGAUAUUUACCUGACGCUUUCCAAGUACAUUCACUCCUACGACGAAAUCUGUCUGCUGCUAAACGUGGCGCCCGAGUCUCACGCCGGCCUGUUCUACCUCGCCCUCGGGUUGUUCCACAAGGAGCGCGACGUGAGGCUCAAGACGGCCGAGCUGCUGGAGCGCAUCUCGCAGCACGAGGCCGGACAGCACUGGUGGCGGAGCUUGAGCCGAUUCGAGAGGCUUGCGUAUGAGCGCCUCCGACGCGAGUCCGAAGCCGAGCUGCGGGCCAAGCUGGAGAAGGACGGCCUCAGUCCGGGGCCGGAGAGGAGAAUCAGCUAAGUGGACCGGGGACACUGGGUGUAUCAGUCACUACUACCAUUGGGCGGCGUUUCAUCCUUGCGAUGGCUUAUGAUGGGACAUGCGGGGGUGUAUUUCACGGGUCAUGACUUGAACGAGACGCUUUACCUGCUAAAGACAGUGACAGAGGGCAGGCAUAUUUGGGACUUUGGGCGGUGCGGUUGCUGUGCAUUUUGGAUCACCCGAAGGCGCGAGCAGUGAGGUGGACUGGCGACCUCGAUGGCAUUAGUAUUUUGAGGGGACGGGCGACCAGGGUAACAUGGGGGGCCCUCGACACUUGAUCAUACUCCGUACAUACAAGCAUCUUGUAACUGAAUAACGGCCCAUGCCGGUACCUUAUUAGACCUCUGUAUUUGGGCUUGGGGCUCUCCCUUAUUUUGUGGUCUUCUCCUUGCCUUUCCUUUCCUUUCCUUCUUUUCA